GACAGUUAAGUUAUGAACACAAUCUUUGUAAUAAUUUAGUCCAACUGAAAAAUUCAGUACGCAACAAUCCAGUUUGUAUUUACUAGUAAGUAAGUCUGAAAUACAGUAUUGUUGUAAGUAUUAAGUAAGUAGUGACUAACGAAAAUAGUGGUGGUGUUCCCAGGGUGCCUCGCCUCCCCAGUCCCAAAUCCGCUCCCAACCCUGAGACCAAGCCACAGUUAGAGGAGAUGAGAGUCACCGGCUAUGUGGCCCUGGGAACACCACCAGAGCUGGACUUUUGUCGGCUGAUAAGUACUUACGAGAUCGAUAUCCCACCCGAUAUUGUAGCUACCAGCACGCCUCAUCUGUCCGACAGUGGUGACCUUCACUUGACCUUUGAUAUUACAGAAGUGUCUAACUGCCCUACGGACACUGAGCUAUCAGAGUUGAACAAAACGUACACGAAACAUGACCUAAGCAAUCUUCUACAGUGUAGUACUGUAAAGCAUCGUUCCAAGCAGCAAAGAGUAAACAAGAGGAAGUGUGCAAGCGUCAGUUUUGUUGAGAAGCCUCCAAAUAACCGUCAGUGUAAAGGUGUGGCGGAAAAGACCGUAGUGGAAUUUGGUCUUGAAAUGUUAAAUACGACCAGGGAUGAACACGUUUUACACAAAAUUAAUAAUUUAUUCUGUCAAGAUAGAUUUAAAUUACCUAUGAUUAGUGAUAUUCAAGAAGAAAAACUCAGUUUGUUAGGGAAUUGUGAAGACCAUUACUUUCAAGAUAUGAAUAGAAUUCAUGAAAACAGUGAUAAAUCUGCUAACUCGCCAUUUCCAUUAAUUAAAAUAUGUUGUACAUUUCCUUUGCGGUUUUUAAAACUGGACAAAUGCGAUGCAGUAAUAAGACAGUUCCUAGACAAUGUAAUAGGUAGGAAUAGACAGAUAAGAAUGGUAAAUCUUCAAGGUAACAAUAUGGAUCAAAAUACAUACUUUGCUAAACCGGAAAAUAGUAAAUAUUUGUUAGAUAAAAUUAUGCUGAAUGAUUAUUUAGACUCUGAAUUGGAGGAGGUUCACAUUUAUUCUGACUUAAAGAUAACAGGAGUUUGUAAUAUCUAUUGUGAUUUAUUAGUUUGGAAAGUUGACAAUACGUGUUCUAAUUUCAUAUCAGCCGAAUUUGAUAAUAAAAAAUUACCUUUGGAAAGAACUGGAGAUGAAAAUGCUUGUUUUAAUUUUGAACCAGUUUGUGAAACUGAAGUAACUUUCAAAGGUAUAGAGACUGGCAUUGCAUCUGAUUUUGAUUUGGAAACAAAUAACGACAGUACUUCUUUUGAAAUAAUUCAAACAGAAGAUGAUCUAACUGGUCCUUAUCGAAAAGCAGAAACUGUCAUUGCUUGUAAUGAUUUGGAUACUCAACAACUUAAUAAUAAUGGAUUUACUUUAAACUCUCAAGUAGGUGAAACAUUUGUAAAUUGUUCGAUAGAUAACAAUACCUCUUGUUUAAGCUUGGAAACACCAAAAGUUAACAAUAAUAUAUCUCUUUUAGAAGAACCAAUAUUUAACAACACUACUUUAAAAUUGGAAAAUGCAGAUGAAGAAAGCUGUUUUAAUUUGGACACAGAAAAUGUUGAAAACUCCUGUUUCAAGUUCACAGGAUUGUCAGUAAAUGAAAGUGUAAUGGACAGUAUUAAUCCCCGUGAUAAAAACAAUAUAAAUGAUGCUUGUGACGAAACUAUGGUUUGCAAUUCUCAAAUCAUUCAAGAUAUAUAUUCAUGGAAACCAACGCCUCCUAAAAAAAUGAAAUAUGCAUUAGCCCCACAGCUUAAUACAGCAGAGAAAACAGUGUUAUCUGACAAUGAAUCUGACGUUUAUUGGGAUUAUUAUGAAACAGGUUUGAUGAAUACAGAUCAUUUUCCAUCAUUGGAUCAUUCAAUUUGUUACAGUUCUUGUGACAAAAAAAGUAUUAGUAAUGAUGAUUAUUUUCAGUGCAAGUUGCAAGAUGAUCGUAUUGGUGAAAAAGGAAAUAAUGAUGAUAAUAGUUGGGGUUCAGAAGAAGAGAAACAUGAAAGUGGUAGAGUUUUACUAGACUAUGAUGAGUGUUAUGGUUGUUCUAACAGUGAUAUGACUUGGGAUUCUCUCAACUCUCGAGCUGUAGAUAACGAUAGCUUAUCAACUGAUAGCUCUGAUAUAGGAGGGGACAAUUAUUUCAGUGUUGCUGAUUUUGACAAUGGUUUAGGCCACUGCCUCACAACUUGGGACCCAAACCUGUGGUCUCAGGAACAGGAUCGUAAAGAUGUCUCAAACUGUGUAGAUUCAGUGUUGUUAAGACCUCCUACCACUAAAACACAACAUACAACUGUGAGGUCUUAUGAGUGUGAAGAAACAAGAGUUUUUAAAGUAAAUAAUUUCUCAACAAAUGUGAAAUCUGCCUGUUGUGAAGAGAGUUUCAAAUCAACAUUCAUCAGGAAGUCGUGUUAUAACUCUCAAAGUAGUACUAAUAUUUUGAGAUUAGUUGGAAUGCAGACGGAGGACACCGAGGAGGAAAUGGAAAACAUGUCUAGUUCAUGUUCUGUGUCAUUUACGAAAAAGAACAACCCUUCAAAACUUCCACGAAUAUACAAGAAGACAAUCAACUUGGAGAAAAAGCCCUCCAGUAUAAAUUUGAUACAGAAUAAAACUACUGCCAAAAGCGGCAAUUUGAAGGACUCAAAUAAUUUUAGAGAAAGCCACAUUAAACCUACAGCAAAGUGUCGGAAUGCUGGGUCUAAACUUCCUGUGUUGAAUUCGAAGACUUUAGAAACUGGGAAGUUGGGCACUUCUCACUGGUCUGAGAAGUAUAUUUCGUCCAAACAAAAACCAAAAAAAGAAGGUAGUGGAAAAGUAAACAUUAAGAAUCCGAACGUACAAUUGCGCAAGUCGAUAAGACAUCUGAAACUUCCACCAAUCCAUUCUGUCCCAACGUCAGUGACAUGUUCAGAUUCAAGUGGUUCGGAUCAUUAUCAUGAUAACGAUAACAUGACUCAGUUGGGAACAUCACAAGAUGACCCUUCCAAAUCGCACUGUCACACAGCACCUAAUGAGACGACCCCAAGAAAAGUGUGCAGAUCACUCUCCGACAGUGUGACUCUUAACACGUGCCGAGCAAAGGAGCUCUCACGUCAGUUGGAAGUGGAUGAUGUCCACCCAACAGAUACCACCCCCUAUCGGGCUGAGAACUAUAUUAAACCCAUUGAUCCAUGGAGGGUCCACACUCACUCUGGAAGGGCAAGAACUCAAAGUGAGCCAGAAAGUUAUGACCCGUACAAGUCUGCUGAGCGUCAAAUGUUGGAGCUGCUGGAACCGGAGAAGAAUGCUCCAAAACUGGCUCCGAUAUCUCCUGUACCAAAAUCACCAGCUAUCCUCUCCUCCCCCACAUCAGCCUUUACAAAGUUCUCACCUAUCCAGUCCCCUAGCCCUCUCUUUAUAUCGGAGGAUGACAACAGCAACCUCACUUCCAAGUCAUCUAAAUCCAGUGAGAAUUCGGACUCUCCCUUGACAGUGACCUCACCGUACGAUAAUUUUGUGUCUUCUAAAGACUCCAACCAGAAUCCCAUCAGCCUGAGUACCCUUAGUCUGUGCUCCACCAUCAGUAUUGAGUCCGUGGACAGUAUCAAGAAUGGCAAUAGAAUGGGUCUGAGCAGUAGUGCCAGAGUUCCAGAGAAGAAGACACCGGUCCCUCUCAGAAGGACUGCCUCUGCGUUUGAAUCCCGUAGGACUAGGGAUCCCCUUAAGGGUAAAUUGAAAAUGGAAGAUAUGCUGUACGGGACAACCAAUAACGAAAAGGAAAGGUAUUUCGGUUCACCGAUUAUCACAGGUGAACUGGAAAAAGGAAACGAUAAUCAUAGCUCAUCUGGAUCACUGUAUAAAACAGUUUCUGAUGCAGAAACUUUAAACGCGGAGCAGGAACUCUUAAAAUCGAUGUCCGAGUUUGAAAAGUUGUUGUCAUCUUCCUCAUCUUCUCCCUCUCCUUCCUCUCCACCUUUAAAACUGUUUCCUUCCUUGGUUUCCAGUUUCCCUCUGGAUGACAUGGACAAGCUGGAGUCAGAUCUACACAUAAGCAGCCAUGUUGGUGGUCCAGACUCUGCAUACAGCAGCCUUAACCGCAAGUCCCCGGUAGGUGGCGAGCAGGAGAGAGACUCCUCGAUGUCUGAGGCGGUCGCUAGGUUCUGCCACGAGUGUGGUGCCAAAUAUCCCGUCAUAGCAGCCAAGUUCUGCUGUCAGUGUGGCGUCCGUAGGUUAAUUAUUUAACCAAUCAUUCCAGACUACCUUCUUUUUUUUAAAUAAUUUUACAUGUUUAUUUCCUAUUAAAAGAAGUGUAUUAUUUCCAUUUUUAUUAUUCCAUAUUUUUAUUGUCGCUGUAAAGAAUUUGUCUUGUGGUAAUUCUCUCCGAAAAUGGAGGGUGUUUUGUUUUAAACGUUGCAAUGAACUUAACCGUUACACCAUGUAGAUUUUGUUUUUUCAUAGGAAUUGCCGAUUAGCAUUUUAAAGUGCCUUUGUUACCUUUUUAUAUGAUUUUGUCUUCAAAUGUUAAAACAUGCAGUAAGAUAUAAUAAGUUAACUUUCUUACAUUUUUAUUCGUAGAAACAAUGUCAUUUCUGGGAUGGGUCCAUUUUUGUAAAUGUAUAUUAUAAAUCUUUUGAUGAUGCGUAUUUUUAGUUUGUAUUUUACACAAAUUAAACUAACUUUUUUAAUUUAUAUAAAACUGGGAUGUUUUCUUUUUAACUAGAUCUUUUACCAUUGAGUGAGUAAAUAAUUGAAGCUUUGAAUAUUUCUAUAUCUUAUCUUAUCAUUACUUCAUAUCAGUUGUUAUGUCUGUCAAGGGAUUACUUUGGAAAUAUCAAACAAAACUGAUGUGUUAAUCAAGUUUUUUUUUUAUUUUUUAGUAUGGCCAGCAGACAAUGUUUAUAUAGAGUGGAAAAUAUUAACUUUGAACUUAUGUGCAAUGAUAUUUUAUAGAUAGGUGCUAAUAGUUUUUUUUUAUAUUAACUGUCUUAAAUUAAUAAAAUAGUAUAUAGAUUAAUAGUUUAUAAUAAUGUAUUAGAAUAUUCAUUCCUUUAUACUAUUUGCAGUUUUUUUUAUCAUUUACUUUAUCUUAUUGAAAUGAGCAUUUACUGUUUCCAAAAUAGAAUGUGCUUUUCAAAAUAUAAUCCAUCUGUGCAUAAUUAAAUUAAUCCAUUAUAUUACUAUAAACUUUAUCUCGCUAAGAAGUUUGUAAAAAUAUUAAAAUUUACAUUCUCUAUAGUGUUGUAGUAAUAUUCACUACAAAGUUAUAUGUAAUAUUAUAACUAAGUGAAAGUAAUUAUUGUAGUUACUGACCUGAUUCGAUCAUUAUUAAAUAGUUGGCAUGAGGCAUAAAAAA